CCACUGCUGUGUUCAGAGAUAUUGUUGCACUGACAAUUAAAAUAGCUAAGAGUUGGUGCUUGGGUGGAUGGUUAGUGGGCUGGAAGGCGAGUUGUGGAGAGAGGUUAAGAUCAUGAGAGCUGAAGUCGGUUUCUGGGGAUCAUUCAUCGGGAUUCAGGAGGACGCAGUGUCCAGGACCUUGCUGGGUUGCUCUGCAUGGCUGGCUGAAAGAAAACAGGACGACACGGGGAAACUUUAACUAAUAGCAUUCAAGAAAAUGUUUGAUAUCACAUGUAACAUGGAUUUAAUCCAAAACCUUUGUUCUCUCUCUCCCUCUUCUCUAUCUCUCCUUUUCGUCUGGUUAGUACCCAGUGUGUCUUGCCUACGAUAGCGGUAUAUCUGAGCAUUACAGGACGACACUGAAUGGCAGCAGAGCCAAAGAGAAAUGGGAUUAAAGUUCGCUGACAUUUGAUGGCAUUCAGAUGCGCAGUGACAAGUUGAGGACAAAAUGCCUGCUGGGUUUUGAUGGAUGAAAGAAUGAAACGACCGGGAACCUUCGGUGGCUCUGGAGGAGUCACAUCCCUGUGACUGACUAUGUUCAUGUGAGGAUUCAGGGAGGCUUGGUUGCAAGGCAAGACCAAUCAUUUCUUUUGAUUCCCUGGCUGACAACAGACAAACAGAAGGGGAACCAUCAAGACCUGGUCAAUUUCCCCAAACAAUUUAGUGUACUCACGAGGUUACGCAAAUGUGGAAGCAGCAAAAUUACCGCAAUCAGUUGACACAGCGAGUGCUCAUCCAUGCCUCUGAUUAUGUGUCGCUCAUCUAUCAGCCUGAUGUCUUUGUAACAAGGAAAGGGGGGCACUGAACUAUCAUCGAGUUUCACUGAGACGUCCAAGAUCAUUGGGCAAGGGAGUUGGUCAGUGAUGAUAGGGUUUCCUUGGUUGGGUGGCGGAAAUAUUUCACCAUUAGAUAGCUGACGCUACCUUGCUGAAAGGUGCUGUUUUGAAACUAAACCCACACUGAUCAGAUGAUCUGUUGCACCGUGUUCGCUUGAAUUUCCUUUUUUUUUGUUGAAACGGGACAAAGGAAGAAAAACAAGACGGACAACCUGCAGGUCCAAGAACUGAGCAUGGAGGUCAGGUACAACCAAGAGACAGAAGGAAUGGUGCUGAAGAAUGGACUUAAGGAGGGCAAAGACGGAAAGGACUCACAGGGCAGUUUGUCCAAAAGCUUUCUAAAGGAGCAACAGAGCUCUUUUUCCUCCUCUGGGACCGUGGAAAACUGCGAGAAAAACAGGGGGAGCACCGGAGACCCAGACUACUGUCGGAGAAUACUUGUGCGAGAUGCAAAAGGCUCUAUCCGAGAGAUUAUCCUACCAAAGGGUUUGGAUUUGGACAGGCCCAAAAGAACCCGCACCUCUUUCACCGCCGAGCAACUCUACAGGUUAGAGAUGGAGUUUCAGAGGUGUCAGUAUGUUGUGGGGAGGGAGCGAACUGAACUGGCCCGCCAGCUCAAUCUGUCCGAAACUCAGGUAAAGGUUUGGUUCCAGAAUCGGCGUACAAAGCAGAAAAAAGAUCAGGGGAAAGACUCAGAGCUGCGCUCGGUGGUUUCGGAGACUGCGGCAACCUGCAGCGUCCUCAGACUGCUCGAGCAGGGUCGGUUGCUCACACCCUCGGGCUUACCGGGCAUCUUGCCCCACUGCGGUAGCAGCACUUUGGGCUCGGCCCUGCGCCCCCCCUCCAUUAGCAUGGGCGGCAACAGCGGCAGCAUCGGAGGCGGCGGCCGAGCCGCUGGCGGCAGCCCGACUCUGCCCGCUGUCACCAGUUCCGGGACGGUGCCAGGCCUGCAGAGCUCCGCGGCAGCUCACAGUUUAUUUAGCUUCCCCGUGCCCUCCUUACUUAGCGGUGUCGCAAGCCGCAUGUCGUCGAACCCGCUGACCGUGGCCAGUUCAUUAGCCGGCAAUCUGCAAGAACUCUCUGCCCGCUAUCUGAGCUCUUCGGCUUUUGAGCCUUACUCACGGACCAAUGGCAAAGAAUCCAUGGACAAGAAGAUUCUGGAAUGAUGCUGUGUUUUUAUGCCUUUUUCCUCUGGAAAUAUUUGGCUGUUAUUUGGCUUAACCUCUCUUUGUUUUAGUCAGUGUCUCAUCCGUCUGUGUCAUCAUGUUCUGUGGCUGUCUGGUAAUUUAGAUGCAUACAUAUCUGGUGCAUUGUGCAAAGAAGACCUCCACACACUCAUCUCAUGUAGACAGAUUUGGCUAUGGGAAAGUUUUCUGUCAAAUGUUUCAUGGAGGGGGGAUUUAGAGAGGCAAUUCUUAAAGGGAUGAUUUCAAAGAUCUUUCCGAUUUCUUUAAAGAAACACUCAACGGUCAUCUUCGAAUAUUCAUUCAAGGUGGGGAUUUCACACUACAAAGGGAGGCCAGUAUGAAAGGCAUUUCUUUACUGUGUAAUAUUAUUUAAUUGUAUUUGGUAGGUCACACAAGACACUACAUGUGAGUAGUUGUAGAGAAAGAAGCCAUUUUGUGUAGCAGGAUGUCAGACGAAGCAAAUCACAGUCGCCGGGUUUCGAGCUGUCUUGUAUAUCCGUUUGUAUGAAACUUGGCUUGAACAAAAACAUUCAAGUGAUGUCGUUGUCAUUCAGCAGAAUUAUUUUUGAAUCAUUAUUUAAGUCUUUUCAAUGGUUUAUUGAAGACUAGAGUUUUUUUCUCAGCGUCUGUGGUGUUUUUGUCGACAAGUUGCAGUACCUAAGCUUUACUUUUGAUGAUUCUUCUCAUCUGUAAUUUCGGUACCAUUGUGAGAUUUGGUGUAUAGUCCUUAAAAAAAAAAAAAAGCUUUGCUUUUCACCAUCAGUGAUGCUUGCUGUGAUGAUCGCCAAAAUGGGAAAAGGUUUAUCAGCCUUGAAGACGUACCAUUAGCUCCUUUGUCAAAUCGGCGGCCAUUAAGGCAGACAUAAUUGGAGAAAGGGUGAAACGACUGUACUAUAAAAGUACUGCAAAUGAGAGAUGUACUUGGAAAAUUGUUAUUUUAUUGUAAAUUAUUCCAUUUUGUAAUUAUUACAUUAUUAGUAUAUCUGGUAAAACAAGGAUGACUGAACGUACUGAAUGGAUUGAGUCAUGAGUUAAAAGCUAUUUGGUGCUGUAUUGUGAGAUUUGUCAAAUGUGCAGUUCAAAUGUGGAUAUAUAUAUAUACACUGUAUAUCAUGUAUACUGUACGGCUACAAGCUUUGCCUUUUUCUUUUAUUCAUCUUCCUAUGAAUCAAGUUCAAUGAUAAAUUCCAUGAUUGUUAUACAUCCAAUACAUGGUGGUUUGAUAAGUAUGAUACAAAUUUCUUUAUUCU